AUGAUGCAUCCAGAGAAGAAAAAUGACUUGAACCACGCGAUAUCAGGGCCUCCAAUUGACGACCAUAUUAUCAACCCUUCCAAUAACUUUCCAAAGACGUCACCAUCCGGGAAAGACAUCCUGGACAACAAACGAGACAAUAAUGACAUCGACCCCGAGCAAGCCCAACCAGUAGCACGUGCCGAGAUAGAGCCUCCUCCAGACGGUGGUUACGGCUGGAUCUACGUACUGUGUGUAUUUUUGAUCAAUGCCCACACGUGGGGAAUCAACAGUUCCUACGGAAUAUUCCUGGCGCAUUACCUAGAAACCAACAAAUUUCCCGGAGCGAGCGAUUUAGAUUUUGCCUUUGUGGGCGGUCUUUCCCUCAGUAUGGCUCAAUUCAUCGCGCCUGUCGCUACAAUCACUACGCGAGAAUGGGGGACGAGGACCACGUUGACGAUAGGAAUUUUAUUGCAGACGGCAGCAUUAUUGGGAGCGUCAUGGUCGACUGAAAUUUGGCAAUUAUUUUUGAGUCAAGGCUUGUGUUUUGGUUUUGGGAUGGGAAUGCAAUUUAGUGCUACUGUUGGUAUUGUUCCUCAGUGGUUUGAUCGUCGACGCUCUCUGGCAAAUGGUAUUGGGACGGCGGGGUCAGGAAUUGGGGGACUUAUAUAUUCGUUGGCUUCCAGCGCGCUCAUUCAGAGGUGGGGUACUGGCUGGGCUUUUCGAGUUUUGGCUAUAGCAUCAGCUGCUGCCUGUGGCUUUUCAGCUAUCAUCAUAAAAGAUCGAAAUAAGGCGAUUGGAGCUGUUCAAAUUGCCUUUCAUACAAGUCUUCUGAAAAGACCAGAGUUUCUACUCACUCUAGCCUGGGGCUGUUUGAGCGUCUUGGGUUAUGUGGCUCUUCUUUUUUCGAUACCCGCCUACGCAAGCACAGUGGGCCUUACCGUAUCCCAAGGGUCGAUUCUUGGUGCUAUGUUCAAUCUUGGAGGAGGCCUGGGCCGACCUGUCAUAGGAUACGUUAGCGAUGAUUUCGGACGAAUCAACACCGCACUUGUUUGUACAUUCUUGGCCGGUCUUUUUUCUCUCGUAGUCUGGAUCUUUGCCAAAAGCUUUGGAGUCCUCAUCUUCUAUGCUUUAAUUGGUGGCGCUGUUUCCGCAACCUUUACCACUACCGUUGCACCGGUGGGUGCUGAAGUUGUAGGGCUACGACUCUUACCAUCUGCUCUAUCUAUAUUCUGGGUUUCUGUGGUCAUACCGAGCACAUUUGCAGAGCCAAUUGCACUUUGGUUGCGAACUAACAAUGGAACCAAUUUCCUGCAUGCCCAGAUAUUCACUGGCUUUAUGUAUAUGGGAGCAACCGUUUCCCUUUGGCUUGUGCGAGCAUGGAAGAUAACAGAGUUGGAAAAGACUGGUAUUGAUGAUGCUGUCCUUUAUGAAGCGAAGGUCAGGGACAAAAGUGCCGUACCUCGAGACCCUAUGGUGGCCCAGAAAGUGAGCAGUGCUCCUAGUGUGAUACACAAGGCAAAGUCUGCGAAAAACUUGUUCAAAAUGGUGAAGGUAUAG